GAAGAGACCGAUAUUCUGGGUGAAGUCCUCUACUGCCAGAUUCUGCUUGGUGAGCUCGACACUGACCCGUGGAUCCGCCAAAAAAGACUCGCUAUCCUCGCGAAACAGCGGCAGGAUGGCCUUUUCAAAAGCAGCUACGGCGAAGCUUAUCUGGACCAUGCAACUUUCAAUGCGCUCACUGCUUUGAUUCCUCAUUCCUGGUUUCCAGAGACUGCAAAG